AUGGACGACAGCUCCAAAGAGGCGCUGAUGGAGGAGGCACCUCCGAGGUACACGGAGUCCCCUCGCCUGCCCUGCAUCCCCCAUGAGCUCAAGAGCCUCCUGCUGAUGGUGACGCUGGUGGUGGUGGCCCUCGUGGUGGUCAACAUCACCUUCCUCCUGCUGGGGCUGCACCUCAGCGAGUCACACGCCGAGACGGUGUUGAGAAUGACCAUCCACGGGCUGGAUGGCGAGGGGACCCCCCAGCAGCUCGCCAUGAGCAAGAAGGAGAGGACCGGGACGUUCGCGGUGCGGGAUGGGCUCAACGCCUCGGCCACGGUGGUGUACGACUACAGCAAGCUGAUGGUCGGCUACAGGUCCUGGCGUCAGCGCGCCUGCUACAUCACCCGAGUGGACAAGGACAACCUCCCGGGGCUGGACGCUGUCACCGAGACCUUCCAGAGCCGGCAGGAUGAGAAUGUUGGGGACAAGGCCGUGCCCUUGGCUGAUCGCUCCAUCCUGGGCACCACCAUCAACAUCCUCUGCAGCGCCGUCCCCGUGUUCUGGGUUGUCCCCACCGGUGCUCCCCUCCAGUUUGGAGGGUGGAGGGUGAGGCUGAAGGAGCAAACUUUGCACUUCCAGACCUUCAGGAAGCGCUCCCAAUCCUCGUGCAGGAGGGGAUCGUGGAUGGGCAAAACCAAGGCCCAGCCACCAGAGCGGCACAUGCCAGAGCUGGGACCCCCUCACCCCCAAAAAAUCCACACCGUGGGCACCUCUGCCAGCCCCAAAAGCCACCAGCAGUGGUGCCUGAGCAGCCUCAGGACCAAAAAUGAGGCUCCCACCUCCACACCCCUGACCACAUCUCCCCCCAUUUCCCCGGACCCCCAGGACUCAGGGAACGGCUGCUGCUGCCCAGGCUGCUGCCUGCCCUGCGCCACGUGCUGCGCCAAAUGCUGCACCAAAUGCAGCUUGUGCUGUGCCAAAUGCUGCUGCCUGCCCAAGUGCUGCGCGUGUCCCAAGUGUCCCGGCUGUGCCAGCUGCUCCGGCUGCCUCAAGAACUGCCUGUGCUUCGUCCCUCGGCUGCUCUGUUACCUGCCCCGCAAGCUCCUGAGCUGCUGCCACCUCCGCUGCCUGCUCAUCGUGGUGGUCGUGGUGGUGCUGCUGGUGAUCAUCAUCGCCGGCGCCCUGCUGAUGUGGCUGAGCGCUGACCAGCGCCACGCCGACACCGCCCUGCGGAGCGGGUUGUGGACCGGACCGGCCUGGGAAGAGGACGUGGCCACUUUCUACCUGGACAGCGGGGACGGGAAGGCGGCCACGGUCAUCUAUGAUUACAAGAAUCUGCUGGUGAGCUACAGACCCCGGCUGCACCGCGCCUGCUACGUGACCCGAGUGGACAAGGACAACAUCCCCGGGCUGGACAUUGUGGUCGGGACCUUCCAGCGUCGGCAGGCUGAGGAAAAGAUCUCCGAGCCCCUGUCUGACCGUUCCCUCCUGGGCACCACGGCGAGCAUCCUCUGCAGCCUCCUCCCUGUUUACUGGGCUUAG